AUGUCUCAAGAAAUAGUGGAUACAGUGUCGCAAUAUUUGACACCUAACGUUCCAAUUAAGUUGAUAUCGCAAGGGGCAGAGGCUGUUGUCUUUACUACACCAAUCCAUCCAUAUUGUCCAUCUGAUGAAAAGCUCAUUGACGAUAAACCAGUUCAAUAUAUUAUUAAAUAUAGAGCUCCUAAGCAAUAUAGACAUCCUAUCAUCGAUAAACAACUGACCAAGCAUAGAACUUUGAGUGAAUCCAGAUUGUUAGCCAAAUUGUACCUCAUCAAAGGUUUACAUGUCCCGAAAUUGAUUGCAACAGAUUCCUACAAUGGUUAUAUAUGGCAAGAAUUUUUAGGAGAGGAUUUACCUAAUGACUGUGGUUUCAGUAAUUUGAAAAACUUUUUAUGGAUGAAUUCCAAGGAUCCAUACAAUGAUAUUGUUAAAGAUACAUUAUUUAAAGUAGGUGAACAAAUCGGUCUAUUACAUAUAAAUGAUUAUUGUCAUGGGGAUCUUACAAGCUCUAAUAUUGUACUUGUGAGGGAUACUGAUAACAUUAAUUGGAUCCCAUACUUGAUUGAUUUUGGCUUAGGAUCCCAAUCUAAUAUGGUCGAAGACAAAGGUGUGGACUUAUACGUCCUUGAAAGAGCGAUCAUAAGUACCCACUCAACAUUCGCCGAUAGAUACAACGAAUGGUUAAUUGAAGGGUUCUCUAAUGUAUAUAAUAAACAAGGCAAAGGUGGCGUAAAGAAAUUGGGAGAGAUCCUGAAGAGAUUCGCAGAUGUAAGAAUGCGUGGUAGAAAGAGAAGUAUGAUUGGUUAA